CUAGAACAUCAUCAUCAUCAACAUGAACUGCUACGCACUGAUCCUGGCCGUCGCCGCUUGCAUCGCCACCGCUUCCGCUAAGCCCAGCGGCUUCCUGCCCGCCCCACUGGUCGCCGCCCCCUUGGCUUACCCCGCCCCCGUCGUGGCCAGCCGCACCGCCCAGGUCGUCCAGACCAACUUCAACACCCUGGCCGCUCCUUACUACGCCGCCCCAGCAGUAGCUGCUCCAGUCCUGGCAGCCAGGUACGCCUACGCCGCUCCAGCAGUCGCCGCUCCAGUGGCCGCAAGGUACGCUUUCCCCGCUCCAGCAGUAGCUGCCCCAGGAUUUGCCGCUCCAGUGGCCGCACGAUACGCCUUCCCCGCUCCAGCAGUAGCUGCCCCAGGAUUUGCCGCUCCAGUGGCCGCACGAUACGCCUACGCCGCUCCAGCAGUUGCUGGCCCAGUCGUAGCUGCCCCGGCAGUAGCAGCCGCGCCACCCGCCCCAUUCCCCUAUUACAUAUAAGUUUUUUCUACUAACUAUUUUUG